AUGCUUCGAAACAACUUGAGAUCGCUUUCGCGGGCCUUCAGCACCUCCUCCAUGCGUCUGGGCGCCGGAAUGGACGCCUCCAAGCUCCAGAUCACCAAGACCAAGUCCCCCAAGGAAAAGCAGGCCCCCAAGGAUCUCAUUUUCGGCCAUACCUUCACCGACCACAUGCUGACUGUCGAGUGGACUGCCAAGGACGGCUGGGCUGCUCCCCAGAUCACCCCCUACGGUCCUCUUGAGCUGGAUCCCUCCGCCGUCGUCCUGCACUAUGCCUUUGAGUGUUUCGAGGGCCUCAAGGCUUACAAGGACGAGUCUGGAAACGUGCGUCUGUUCCGAGUCGACAAGAACAUGCACCGAAUGAACACAUCGGCCGAGCGAAUCUGCCUGCCCGAGUUUGAUGGCGCCGAGGCUGCCAAGCUGAUUGGCCAAUUGGCCAAGCUUGAUUCCGCUUGGAUCCCCGAGGGACGAGGCUACUCCAUGUACCUCCGACCUUCUCUGAUUGGAACCACCGCCGCUCUCGGCGUCGGAACCCCCGAUAAGGCGCUCUUUUACGUCAUUGCAUCCCCCGUCGGCCCCUACUACCCUACCGGAUUCAAGGCCGUCAAGCUGGAGGCUACUGACUACGCUGUCCGAGCCUGGCCUGGAGGAGUCGGAAACAAGAAGCUGGGAGCCAACUACGCUCCCUGUAUCAAGCCUCAGCAGCAGGCCGCUUCUCGAGGCUACCAGCAGAACCUGUGGCUGUUUGGCGACGAGGGCAACAUCACCGAGGUCGGUACCAUGAACGCCUUCUUUGUGUUUGAGCGAAACGGCAAGAAGGAGCUUGUCACUGCUCCUUUGGACGGUACUAUUCUCGAGGGUGUCACUCGAGACUCCAUUCUGGAGCUGGCUCGAGAACGAUUGCCUUCUGCUGACUGGAUCGUUUCCGAGCGAUACUGCACUAUUAAAGAGGUCGCGGAGGCUGCCGAGAAGGGCGAGCUUGUUGAGGCCUUUGGAGCUGGUACUGCCGCUGUUGUCUCGCCUAUCAAGGAGAUUGGAUGGGGAGAGAAGACUAUUAACAUUCCUCUCCAGCCUGGCAAGGAGGCCGGUAAGCUGACUGAGACUGUUAAUGAGUGGAUUGGAGAUAUCCAGUACGGUAAGGAUGAAUACAAGGGAUGGUCUAAGGUGGUCUAA